AUGACUAAAGGUCAAGAUCCACCGAUUGUACCAGAUGAUCCCAUCACAGAGGUCGUCAAAUCUCCUGGUUCAGGUCCUACAAAUGACCUUGAUACUCAGCUUCCAAUAAUCAUUGAAGACGAGUCCGACCGAUCUUCAUCUCCGCCGCAGUUUUGCCCCAGAGUUCUUAUUCCUCUGUCUGGCUCAAUUCAUGCACCUCCUGUCAAUUCAACUCAACAGACUCCUCAUGUCGAUUUAACUCAGUCACGUACCUCAAUAUCACCGAAUCGUCAGUCUAAAUUGCCUUCGCCAAUUCAAUCACCUCCAAAUCAGUCGGAAGUUCAGAGACUUCCGUCUGAGUUGGUUCAACAAAGAUAUCGGUCGAUUUCUCCUCCAUCGUCUCAUUCUUCAGCAUCCCCAAUUGCGCUUACGCCAGUGGGCUCACCGGUGUCAUCAGCAAACAGUCCGAUAAUCCCAGGUUCAAACUCUUCCUCCGAACUUUCAUCAAUUCCAGACGAGGUUCAUGAGUUUGUUCAAUCCUCUCCGGAAGCUUCACCGAAUGCGUCUCUUCGAUCUUCUCCGAAGGAAUCACCCAGGCCGUCUAUUCAAUCUUCUCCAAAGGUUUCGUCUAGUGCUUCGCCCAAAGCACGUACUCCAACUCCGCCUCCUCAGCAUGUCCAGGUUCCUACUCCUACGCCGUCUCCCGUUGUUCAACCUCAACCAAAGACACCAGCAGCACAACCAACGCCUGCCAGUGUACCUCCUUCUCUUGAGACACGAGAUCAGCCUUCAGAACAACAUGCUCCAACUCCACCUGCUCCAAGGCGAUCUUUGAGAACGCGAAAGGAGCCCGAACGCUAUGGAUUCACAAAGAAGACGGCCAAACUUGCUCGCCUUCCCUGGCAGCCAGCUUAA